AUGUACUUAAAAGCCGGGCCCAUCGACGAUCUCAAUCAGAAUCCGUUGCUACUCAUCAAUCGCACAAUUUACCCACAAGAUCCUUGGGGGAGUCUUCCCGGGUCGGAAAUUUUCCUCGUUUCCUACGACAACAACACCCAGGUUAAAUUAUUACAGCAGAGCAUUAAAGCCAGCAGAGGAAUUAUACUAUCAUACAUUCCGCACAACACCUUUGUGGUGUUCGGACAGUACUUAAGAAUUGCCCCGGUUGUGGCGGCACAAGGUGUUCAGUGGGCAAGGUACGUCACUGCCCUCAAGAUCGCACCCGAGCUGCUCCCCUUGUUCAGUCCCACCAAUACCUCCAACCAAGAUGACUCCCUCUUCGCACCUUUUGGAAAGCAACAAGGGGACUUGCUGCUCGACGGCAUGGCCACACUAAAACCGAGCUCGCUGGGGAGUACUAACGGAGUGCGUACGAUGCCGGGCGGUUUUGGACUGGCAGCGCCUCAGGAUGGAGGAGGGGCGGAUCCGUCAGGAACGGCCAAUGUCAAUGCAGAGGUUGAGGAUGAGGAAGCUGUACAGUACGGUGUCAUGGUGGAGAUGGUGGCCUUGCAAAGCCUGACCUCGGAUCAUGUGCGGGCGGCAGCGAGGGACUGGCCUGCGGCGAUGGCUGCGUACCUUAAGAGGGGUUACAACCGCAGUGAUGUGUGCUGGCCUGUCAUGGCACCGAUGGGCCGCGACAGCAACAUCCUGUCGGUCUUCUUGUGCAAGAAGGACCUGUCCGGCGGCGUGAUUUGGCUCUCAUCACAGCCAGUCACCCAGAUGGUGUACGGCAUGCUCCGAAGCGAGAGCAUGAACCUGGCAUCGAGCAUGCUGCUGCAAACUGGCCAGCUGAACGACAGCCAAUACGAGAUGGCGUUCAAUAGUUUAAGUCGGCCGUAUUGGGACGCAGGCCUGCAGGGCCAGGGCGAAAUCGUGGGGGUGGGCGACACGGGUGUAGAUGUGGAGCACUGCUAUCUACAGGAUCCCGAGCACAUUGGAGAGUACGGCGCACGGCUCAGCGACCCCUCCGCUGCACUCACCUUCAACAACAUGUCUUACUGGCGCAUUCCGGGCCACCGCAAGAUCGUACAGUACGCCUUCAACCCAGAUACCGGUGAUGUCAAUGACCUGGCUGGCCAUGGAACGCUUUGCGCGGCCAGCGUGGCGGGGGCGGUGCUGGCGGAUCCAGCGGACCCCAACAGCCCCAUGUUGCCUGGGUUGGCCACGGGGACAGCACCCGCGGCCAGGCUCAGCGUGGUGGAUUUCCAGCUAAACUCGCGUUCGGGAUCGGUCCUUUCCGUGCCGGAGCGCUUGGAUACGGAGUACCUGCCGGUCCACGUCGCUGCCGGUGCCACCAUCACCUCCGACUCGUGGGGCAGCUACCUGGCGGGGUACAACACCAAAUCAAAAGCCUUUGACGCGUUCCUGUGGAAGAAUCCCGACUUCAUCUCCCUCCUCGCUGCCGGGAACUACGGCAUGCGAACAUACGAGAAGUAUACCAUCGCUUCGCCCGCACUCGCCAAGAACGUGGUGGCUGUGGGAGCCGGGUACCGCGUGCCGGAAUCGCUGGGCCUUGUGUCGGGGGUGUACGGCAUCACUGCCCUGGAGAUGGUCGCUGCAUUGCCGCCAUACGCAUGUAGCCCGCUGAACACGACCGCCGUGUCGGGCCGUAUCGUACUAGUACUGGCAGGCGGAGGUUGUUCGUUUUACGACAUGGCCACGAACGUGCUCGCAGCUCGUGGUGCUGCAAUGGUCAUCACUCAAAAUACUUUGGCAGCGCCGUAUCCGCCCGUACCCAUCACUGAGGAGUACGAGGUGGUUGAGCUGCCGCUGCCCAUGUCCAUGAUUUAUAAGGACUUGGGGACCAACCUGGUGGACUUCGUUCUCAACAAGGGAGGAAAGCUCUACGUGACUGGUAAACUGAUGAAAGUCGACUCUGACACGGUGGCGGCCUUCAGCGCUUGGGGACCAACAUUGGACGGCCGGAUCAAGCCCGACAUCAUUGCACCUGGCAAGGACAUCAUAUCCGCCGUCCUGUCGUCCGACUACCCGGAGAAUAGCGACUGUGAAUACGGCAAGUACGGCGGGACCUCCGCGGCGGUAGCGCUGGCUGCGGGUACGGUUGCCCUGAUGCGUCAAUACUUCAGGUCGGGCUUCUACCCUGCCGGUUCCAACACCAGCAACCUCACAACGCCCUUCGCACCCUCCGGGAUGCUGCUCAAGGCGCUCAUGAUAGCGGGAGCCAAGAACCUCGAGGGCUCGCUGGCCAUGGCCAAGGCUGCGCUGCUGGGCCCGGCACCCGACGGCGUCCAGGGCUGGGGCCGCCUGAGCAUGGCUGGCUCACUGCCACUGGAGGGUUUCACCGACCCACGGGUCCGUCUACAGCUGCUGGACCGCGGGGAGUUCUCUCAGACAGGACAGAGCGUGGCGGCCAGCGGCCUCUCGGCGACCGGCACCGGCCCCAUCUCCAUAGUGUUGACCUACUAUGAUUACCCAGCUGACACCAACGCCUUCAUUGCGCUUGUGAACAACUUGGACCUCCUCGUCUAUGUCAACGGCCAGGCAUAUCUGGGAAACAACGACCAGGACGCAGCUAACCCCGUUGCCGACAGCGUCAACACCGUUGAGCGGGUGCUGCUCAAGUCGCCUCCUGCCGGGGCCUCUGUCCGCGUCAUGGUGGUGGCGUCGAACCUGCCCUCCCUGAUAUUUGACCCUACCACACCUCAGCGCUGGGCGGUGGCAGUGGUGGGCCACUUCACCGGGAACCUGCAGUCGGAGCUCAACCCCUUCUGGGCAAAGUGGAGAGGCAAGGCUGCUGUCCCCCUCACCUUCCUUCCCAUCGCCACCAUCCUUGCCGCUAUCGCCUCUGGUCCCAAUGUUGACAGAUUCAACCCACCCUCCACCACCACUAUCACCACUCAUACCACUGCGACCGGUCCUCCCGUCGUGGCCGCCGUCCCCAUCACCACCAUUCCCUUUUCCACCCUCAGCGCCACCGCCUUCCCCGCCACCUCUUCCACCGCCGCCAUCGGCAUCAUGGUCCUCUCCGCAGCCACGCGCACCAGCGACGCCUCGCCAGCGACCAAUCCGACCUCCUCGCCCAUUGCCCCCUCCACCACCGCCACGGCCACCGCGAUCACUUUCAAUUCGGCCACCACCACUGCCGCCGCCACCUUCCCCCGCACCCACUCCACCACCACCUGCCCACCCUUCGCCGCCGCCACGCGCACCGCUGCCUCCGCAGCCAAGCCCGCCUCCGGCGCCCCGAAAUCCGUCCCGACCCGCCAGGCCGCCGUCAAAACCUGCAUCAUCAUCGCCUCGACGACCGCGCAGGCCCCCGCCGUCGUCGCCAUCUUAAUCAUCACAGUGACCAAAUCGCCGCUGCGGCCCAGGGAACUCCAAGGCCGUUGCCAUCGGUGA